AUGGCUUUUGGAUCAUCUUCAUCAUCAAUGCUCUUGGAAAAUGAAGAAGGUCAUGAGAACCAAGAACAAGAUAUUCAUCCCAAGAAGCGAAGAAACCCUAAAAUCCCAUAUCCAGAUGCAGAGAUAAUAGCACUUUCUCCUGCCACCUUAAUGGCAAAAAACAGAUUUAUUUGUGAGAUAUGCCUUAAAGGGUUCCCAAGAGAGCAAAACUUGCAACUUCACAAAAGGGGUCACAAUCUGCCAUGGAAACUUAAGCAAAGCACUCCAAAGGAUGAUGUGAAAAGAAAGGCGUAUGUUUGCCCCGAGCCCUCGUGUAUCCACCACAAUCGUGCGCAUUCGCUUGGCGACCUUACGGGCAUCAAGAAACACUAUUCGCGAAAGCAUGGUGAGAAGAAGUACAAGUGCCAAAAGUGCGUGAAGAUGUAUGCUGUUGAAUCAGACUUGAAGGCUCACACAAAGACUUGUGGUAAGAAAGAGUAUCAAUGCAGUUGUGGUACUUUCUUCUCAAGGCAUGACAGCUUCAUCUCACACAAGGCAUUAUGUGAGGCCCUGACUAAUGGGGAUCUAUUCAAGCUUCCAACAACUGUUACUCCCACAGGAGUUGGGCCAGCCAUAAGCACCCAAAUGAGCUUAGGUUUGCCCGACUUCAGUACCGGCGUGCCUUCUGUCCAGAACCAUAUUCGCACCAGCCCCGCAAUCGAGUCUAAGUUAGGUCGUACAAGUGAAAACAACAACGUUACAGGCUUCAACUGUUACAGGCCCUCUCCACCUCUCUUUGUGCCAUCUUUGGAUCAACAAAAUCGAGUUAAAUAUCAGGGAAAUUUUGAUUCUAGGGUUUUCACCAAUCUAACUACUACCCAACAUAACAUGGGUUCAGCUGCAAUGAUGCCACAACUUUCUGCAACAGCCUUGCUUCACAAGGCAUCUCUACUUGGUUCAACCUGGUCUAACUACAACAGUGAUAACAACUUUGCACGACCCUAUGCAACUAGUUUCUCUAAUGUUCAUAUGGAUGGCACUAAUGGCAGACUUGGCUUUCGAAAUUUCGAUAGAAAUGGAAUUGAGAGCAACAUCCCAAACUAUUUGAGCAACAAUGAAGUUGGGCCCUCUAUGUUGAAUCUGAACGCUAGUGCACCUUAUGAACAAGAGGAUAGCAACCAUGGUGGUAUUGAUAGCCGCAGUGGGGGGUACAAUGAUGAGUGGAACAUGAGUUUUCAACAAUCAAAAGGCGCGACAUUUACAAGAGACUUUCUUGGAGUUGGAGGGGGGAUAAACGUAAGCAGCGAUGACCCAGAAAGCAGCGUCGUAGGACGAAGCUCUCUGUAG